UCCCUCCCCUCUCGCUUGGGUUUGUGCGCUGGGGCGCCGGAUCCCCUCCGCUGCCGGGACGCGCGGAACUCGCGGCAGGAGUAGGCUCUCUCGAGCCUCCUCCCUCCCUUCCCCUUCCCUGUCCCCUUCCCCCACCCCCGACACGGGCUCGGAGCGGCGGCCGGAGAAACCCCGAGCCCGGACGCAGCCCCUGAGCUGGAGGGAUGGAGAAUUCCUCCGCCGCGUCAGCCUCGUCCGAGGCUGGGAGCAGCCGCUCACAGGAAAUCGAGGAGCUGGAGCGUUUCAUCGACAGCUACGUACUCGAGUACCAGGUGCAGGGGCUGCUGGCCGACAAGACGGAGGGGGACGGCGAGAGCGAGCAGACCCAGUCCCACAUCUCCCAGUGGACAACGGACUGCAGUGAACAGCUGGACAGCAGCUGUUCCUUCUCCCGAGGGCGAGCCCCCGCACAGCAGAAUGGCAGCAAAGACAACUCUCUGGACAUGCUGGGCACGGAUAUCUGGGCUGCCAACACCUUUGAUUCCUUCAGUGGUGCCACCUGGGACCUGCAGCCCGAAAAGCUGGACUUCACACAGUUCCACCGGAAGUUGAGACACACGCCCAAGCCGACCCUGCCACACAUCGACCGGGAAGGGUGUGGAAAAGGGAAGCUAGAAGACGGGGACGGGAUCAACCUGAAUGACAUUGAGAAGGUCCUCCCGGCCUGGCAGGGCUACCACCCGAUGCCCCAUGAAGUAGAGAUCGCCCACACGAAGAAGUUGUUCCGGAGGAGGAGAAAUGACCGAAGACGGCAGCAGAGGCCUCCGGGAGGGAACAAGCCCCAACAGCAUGGUGACCACCAGCCGGUCAGUGCCAAACACAACAGGGACCACCAGAAAUCCUACCAGGGGGGCUCGGUGCCUCACCCCUCAGGGAGGCCCACUCAUCACGGCUACAGCCAGAACCGGCGCUGGCACCACAGCAACAUGAAGCACCCGCCAGGCGACAAGGGGGAGGCAGGCGCCCACCGCAAUGCCAAAGAGACCGUGACCGUGGAGAGCCCCAAACUUGAGGAUGCCCUGGGGGACACCGGGCACGGCGGCCUCGAGCCCCCCCGCAGCCCUGAUGCCCCAGCCUCAGUGGCUUCCGAGAGGCUGCCCCCACCGCAGCCAGGGGGUCCAGAGGCCGAGACAAAGCGUAAAGACAGUAUUAUUCCCGAGCGCAUCGGGGAGCGGCCCAAAAUUACCCUGCUCCAGUCUUCCAAAGACAGGCUGCGGCGAAGGCUGAAAGAAAAGGUACCGGACGAAGUGGCCGUGGAGACCACCAACCCUCAGCAGAACAAGAUGGACAAGUUGAUUGAGAUCCUCAACAGCAUGCGGAACAACAGCAGUGACGUGGAUGCCAAGCUCACCACCUUCAUGGAGGAGGCCCAGAACUCGACCAACUCUGAGGAGAUGCUGGGAGAGAUCGUCCGGACCAUCUACCAGAAGGCCGUGUCCGACCGCAGCUUCGCCUUUACGGCCGCAAAGCUCUGCGACAAGAUGGCACUCUUCAUGGUGGAGGGGACCAAGUUCCGGAGCCUGCUCCUCAACAUGCUUCAGAAGGACUUCACGGUGCGGGAGGAGCUGCAGCAGCAAGACGUGGAGCGCUGGCUUGGCUUCAUCACCUUCCUGUGCGAGGUGUUCGGCACCAUGCGCAGCAGCACGGGCGAGCCCUUCCGCGUGCUCGUCUGCCCCAUCUACACCUGCCUCAGGGAGCUCUUGCAAUCUCAGGAUGUGAAGGAAGACGCCGUCCUGUGCUGCUCGAUGGAGCUGCAGAGCACAGGCCGGCUGCUGGAGGAGCAGCUGCCCGAGAUGAUGACCGAGCUCCUGGCCAGCGCCCGCGACAAGAUGCUGUGCCCCUCAGAGUCCAUGCUGACCCGGUCGCUGCUUCUGGAGGUCAUCGAGCUCCAUGCCAACAGCUGGAACCCUCUGACGCCCCCCAUCACGCAGUACUACAACAGAACCAUCCAGAAACUGACAGCCUGACAGCCAGGGGGCCUGGCGGGCGGCCCGCGGGCAGCUGGGGCCCUGGUACACAGGGCCAGAUGGACAGGCGGGAGGACAGGGGUGGCCCUGGCGGGAGAAAGAAAUGGGGAGGAAAGCAGGCAGAGCCGGCGGCCAGUCUGGAGCCAGACCGGGAAGGAGUGCCCCUCAUCUGAGCCCCCCCCCAGCCCCAAGCAUGUGGCAGUUCACACCAAUAAGGGAAGCAUGUUUCUUUCUCAUGGUGGCCCCGAUCGCCCCUCCCCACUCCCGCUCCUCCCCGCCCCCUCCCAUCAAACGCGUCCCCCGCAGGGCUUUGUGCGAGGGGUUUCAUCUCUGUGACUCCGCUGAGGCCCUGGCAGCUCUGCACGCCGGGGUACCGCUUGGGUCAGAAAGGACCUCAGAAGGCUGAAAAAGUGGGUCGGAGACGGGCUUGCAUUGUUCCUGCUGUCAGCCGCAGUCGCCAACUGCUGCCAAGCAGGCGACAGAGAGCAGAUGUCCGGGAGGACAAAGGCGGGCAGGGUCCCCACCAGCCGCCCGUAAUUGACGGCCUUUGUCCGCCACGGUCGAGCUGGGGAGGCUGGGGGACGGAGGCUUCUCCCCUAACCUUCACGCUGCGCCCUCCCCGCUUCCAGGUCCUCCUUUUGGCCCCCAAGCCUCAGGGGGGGGGGCCCAGGGGGCAGGGAGCAGGGAGGGGAGCUGGAGUUGGCGAAUUCUACUUGUACUCUUGUGUUUUAUUGUUUUAUGUUCAAAAGUCAGCUGCUUUGAAGUCUCCUCUCUCAAUGAAAAGAGCCCGAGAUGUGAUCACACAGUCAGCGCCACGAGGACCCCCUGAUUAGUGGAAGAUCAAACCCGGCUCCCUCUGGAAGGAUUCUAGCCACAGACAGCUUGCCAGUAGCCAAUUAGGGUAAUUGGAAACUUCUGCCCCGGCGGGGGUCCUGCUGGAACCCUGUGUCCUCAGCCCUUGGCUUCCAGUACCCCUGUUCUCUCAUUCUAGCUGUGCUGUGUCAAUGGGCCGAUACUGUCGCAGGCCCCCGGGAGUGUGUAUCCUGGCCCGGGGGCCUGGUGGUGAAUGGGGCACCGAAGGAGGCUGGCAAAUUAAAGCCAAAAUGCUAGGUGAUGUUGCCCGCGCCACACACGGGUCUCGUCCCAAGCUUAGUGGGGGGGGCAUGUGGCCGUUGGCUCCCCAGGACUCGGCGUCUGGCUAAAUGGGCUGUGCCGCUGCCCCGGCCUCAUCACAGGCAGGACCCAACAGCCCAGGCCCCCCCCACAGCCAAGGUCUCUGCGCUCCGGGAGGGCUCUGGGCACUGUAGCCCCUGAGCUGUGGGGAACGGUGCGUUCAUUGAGUCUUGAGCGUAACGGUCGGGUGACUAGGUGAGGCCGCCAGACAGAUCUUUCCAGGCUGGGAACAAGGCUGGGGGUUCUUGAAAGGGCCAGGUCCUGGGAAGAGCCCCUUCUCUGUUGGAGGAGGAUGCGGGUCGGGCUCUAGGAGGCUGGCUUCCGGGUUGUCACGGCAUCCGCACAGCCCCAUCUCUGGGGUCUGGAGCCCAUACUUUGAUAAGCCCCCAUAAAAUGACUUCAGAGCCCAGCAGCUCCCUUUACUGAGGCUGGUCACUCCCUGUGUCACUGGAGGGCCCUGGCUGCCUGGUCCGCUCAGGCUGGCCAGGGGGUGAGGGCUGGAGGUUUCCCUUUGUGGACUCCAAGUCUGGAGGAGCAGGCAGGUCCCCCAGUACUCCCUGGCUUUCUCCACCUGCUGCAACCUGACCUUCAGCCCCGGGAUGGGAGCCUUUGCCAAGCCCAAGGAAGAGCGUGUUGGAGACACAUGUCGGGGGGCACAGGUUUACCUGGAAUGGGUCAGUAGCCUCCAAGAGGCCCGUGCUGCCUCUGCCCCUGGCCUUUGCCUCCUCCCCUCUUCAAGCUUCUCCUUGCUGCCUUUCCUUCUCAGUGGGCUCCUUCAGCCCAACCUGGGGCCCCGGGACACCAGGGGCCCCAUGGGAGGCCCUGAGAGAAGAGCUAGACUGAAGUUAGGGGGCUCAGAGAGGGCACCGGGGAAAUCGUGGUCUCGAGGAGUCAGGCAGCCCCAGCAGGGCGCGCAGCCGCUCCCUGGAAGGCCCCGGAGAGCUGUGUCUGGGCUGAAAUGGGCUAGCGCCCCCGGAGUGCACAGUGUGCGUGUGUGUGUAUGCGCCUGUGUGUGUUUGUGAGCACAUCUGCUGAGAACGAAGUAGGGCCCCAGAGGAAGAGAGUGGCCCAGGGGAACGGGGUCUCCUGCUCCUUCCACGGGGCAGAGAGCAAGCUUCACGAAGGGGCCCCAGACACCGUGCACGCAGGGACUGAUGUUCCCAGGAAAGCUGAGACCCGUGACAUCGCGAGCGCCAUGGACCCAAUGCCUCUUCCUCCUAACGGCCUCCUUGGUGGUCUUGCCUCAGGGCCACCCCUCCUUGACUGUUAGGACCAGAGUAUGAAGAAGUAAGAUAUAAAUAUGUAUACAUAUAUAAAUAUAUUUUUAAUUACGUGUCGUGUCACGGUGGCUCCAGACGUAUGGUUUGCCUAGUUUAUCUCCAUUGCUUGAAAGUGCUUCCUGGCCAAUCCAAAUAACAGUUUAAGCUGUUUUUCUAAAUGCAGGUUGCUGCUACUCUUUGAGACAUGGAAGGAAAACGUUUAAAAAAAAAAGAAACUUUUUUUUUUU